AUGCAAGUUAUUAAUACACGCGUUGGUCUCCUAAGUAACUACGAAGUUUUUUCCCUCCUCAAAGACAUGCAAUCUGAGCACAAAACACAUAACACUUCCGAUAACGUCCGUUUCAUUCAAAAUGAGACUUUGAGAUACCUCAGCGAUCCUGCCUUCCCCAGUACAAACCAAAAUGAGCACGUAAUAUCGUCAUUACUCGAGCAAUUAUCUCAAUUUUCAACUCUGACGACCGCUGAGAAGUUGAUGAUUGUCAAUAUCCCUCCAAAAUCCAUCGUCGAACUAUACGUCAUCGUCGAAGAGCUCGAAGACAGAUUGAGUGAACAAGACAUCGAAGCUAUCCUUUCUAUUGUACAAUCCAGUCUUAAUCAUCGUGCUGAUGAUCUCUCUGGCUACUCCAACGCUAAUCCUACAGCUCCCAACCCAGAUCAACCCCUUUUCGAAGACGACGACGAGGAGAAUGCAAAGUACGAAAUGGAGGCAGCCGAGCAGGAAGAGUUUGAGAAUGCAGACGUUGGUGAAGAUGAAGGAAGGGCUAUUGAUGAGGUGGAUGAGUAA